CUUUGGUUAGUAUUUUGAUUGAUCCACGCGAUCAAAGUGGGCACUUUCUAUUAAUGGCGAACAGUGUACCACCUCGCGAAGAGCGGGACACCCUCCAUCAAUUAAAUCGGAUAACCACAUGCAAAUCCAUUCCAACUAACAAAACCCCUCGAUCAGAAAGUGGAGACACCCUGCACCAAUUAAAGCGAAUAACCACUUGCAAAACCAUUCCAACUAACAAAACACCUCAACAAAGUGCAGGAGAUACUUUGCAUCAAUUGAAGCGGAUAGCCACUUGCAAAUCAAUUCCAACAAACAAAACUAAGAACCUACACCGUUCCAAGACGGGAGCAUUAACUGUCUCCGGCCGGUCUUGUACAAAACAAGAUCUCGCGCGGGAACGUUCGUUUAGCAUGCCCAAGGAGGAAGAGGCUUUAACACAAGUUAUCAAUUUUGUCAGCAAGCGGUUCGUAAACACGCACCAGGGCGUACUGCCCCAGAAACAACAGAAGAGACGGGAUCAACAGUCCGCUGAUAACACCAAUGAUUACGUUAAGAUUAACAUUAGUGGUGUUACCUUCAAGACCAAGUUGGAGACUCUACAGCGAUAUCCCCAGACUUUACUAGGAAACCACGCAGACCGGGCCAAAUACUUCGAUGAGCGGAAUGGGGAACUGUUCUUUGACCGCCACUCACCCACCUUCCCAUCUAUCCUAUACUUUUAUCAGAGCAACGGUCGGUUGCACAAACCCCUCACCGUCAAUAUGACUCUUUUCAAGGAGGAGCUGACAUUCUUCAAAAUCAAGUACGAGGGACUGCUCGAAGAAGUAGUGCCAAUCCACCACAGAGCCAACCGGUGGAGCCUUGCUGCAGCCGCUGCAGCUGCGGGCCCCGGUCCAGAGGGAGUGACCCCCAACUCCGUCGACCCCAUCAACAGUAACCCUGCACACAGAUAUAUGUUAGCCAAACAUAGAAGAAACAGCUACCAGUUCAGCACAGCCAAAGAUAAACCAAUGGCGAGAAAUGGAUCUGGGCAAUUCAAUACCCGUAGAAGAGAAACAGUUUCAACCAUUGAUAGUCAUGCUGUUCAUAAACUUGGGAACGCUCCAAUGUCUCAAACUUCUUCCAGACAAAGUGUGACAUCCACGCCGAUGGUGCGGAAGGACAGUAAUAUGAGUAACCAGGAAGCUGAAAAGGUCAUGUUUUCCCCCCUCCCCGAUGACACCAAGCCUCCUUAUCAGUACCACACACGACUCAAAUCUCUUCAGAGUAGAAUUUACGACCUUCUGGAAAACCCCGAAACUAGUUUGGCAGCAAAGAUAUUCAGUUGGGUGAGCAUGAUUUUAAUCGUAUUUUCGGUUGGAACCUUUAUAGCCGAAACCAUGCCUGAAUACAAAGACGAUCUGAGAAGGCCUUGGCAGGAAACAACUACCGGGAUAUUUUUCUUCAGUUUUGAAACGUGUUGCAUAAUAUUCUUUACAAUUGAACUCCUUGGGAGAUUCACUACGUGCCCUAAAAAGAAAAAGUUUGCGAGAAACAAGCUAAACAUCAUAGAUUUAAUAUCUAUCGUACCUUACUACAUAGAACUUAUUAUUCCAAAGAAAGAAGACGCGAAUGGGGACCUCAAUUCAAUAGGAUCAUUGGUGAUCCUCAGAGUCCUAAGACUGUUCAGAGUCCUCAGGAUAUUCAAAUUAUCACGGCACAGCAAGAACAUGAUCGCGUUUGGUAUAGCUCUCCGAUCAAGUUUAGCGGAGCUCUUAUCACUCGGACUGUUUCUUUCUAUUGAUGUAGUUGUAUUUGCUAGUGCGUUGUACUACUGCGAGAUGGACCCGGAUGCAGAAAAUCCGACGACCAAGUUCGACAGCAUUCCAGCAUCCUGCUGGUGGGCGGUGGUGACUGUAACCACCCUAGGAUAUGGUGACAUGUACCCUGAAACACCCCUCGGCAAGGUGUUGGGCACUUUCUGUGUCUUUAGUGGUAUUCUUGUCAUCGCUUUUCAGAUGCCAAUCAUGGUGGCAAAGUUCACCUGGACCUUCAUGCAAAACACCAACGGUUCGGAGGAAGAGGAUGAAGAAGAUGAGGACCCAGACCUUUACGACGAGCUGGAUGAGGAUAAAUUCUUAGAGGAGGAGGAAGAGGGACUCUUAAAACCGGCUAACGGGGGAACCAAGGAACUCUCAGCAGCUUGAACCAUGCUGUGAUACUAAAAUAUUUUAGUUCAAGUCGAUAUUUAAGAUACCGAUCAAGACAAGGAAAGGUAUAAAUGUAGAUUCGUCAACAGAGUUUCUUAAAGUUACUGACCACACAAGCUGGUAACGGGUCUGGUCAAUAAAAUCAAAAGAUUUGGGACUUUUUACUGACGAGUAGAACUGCAGGCCUUGAAGCGAGAGAAGACCUGUUGGAUUAUGAUUAAAUGACUGAAGUGCAUAUUCUUUUACCAACCUGACUCAAGUAUUGAGCAGGUACAGAAUUAUACCUCAGGUAACAUUAAAUUUUAUUUACUUUAGAAUGGGAUAUAGGAUUGACAGAAAAUAUGGUUCUUAUGAUUUUAAGGGUCUCGAAUCAUUGCACGGAUUUUGUGCCCCCAUCAGUGCCCCUACGUGAGAAAGAUUGAUAUUAUCAAUUAAUAUGGAUGUGGUGCUGUUCAAGUAAAGCUAAUCUAUUUUUGUUCGUUUAUAAAUAUGAUUAAGGAACAAAAAUUUGCCCGAUAUUUUACCUAUGCCAGAUUUAAAGUCUAUCAUAUCGCUUAUACAACACCUACCCUUAUCGUAAACCUAACACUUAACUUAGCUUUAACAUAAACUAAGAGACUGUUCAUUAUUCAAUUAAAUCCCCAAGUUAGUGAAUAGAAAUUAAAAUGCUGUUAGAUCGAUAUUGAUAAAAUCAUAGAAGGAAAUAUCAAAGACCUUCGACGGGCAAACUGUUAGUAUUGGCAAGAGAGAUUUUUGCCUAUCGAUGAGCAAAGUCAGAUUAGUUUGAAUCAGCAGUACCACGCCACUUACCUUGAUAUAAGUUUCACAUUACAUAAAGUCUUUUGAUUAGUUGACGGUUGAUUUUAAAUAGCAAUCUCAAACCUAAAAUAUCCUUUAUAUGCUUCAUAAGCACAUUUGAGACGGAUUUAUAAAGAGCGGAUUUGCAAGUCAUUGUGAGACAGAUUUGAGAAGGUUAACCUGGCGAAAUACCGUAUUUUUACUUUAUUUAUCGAUUUUGUACCGACAAAUUAUACGAGUUUAAUGUUCGCUCUGUCGAAUAAA